CAGACGUGGCCGUGAUACAGCUGCUGCGUUCAAGUGACGCAGUGUCCCGUCUGGAGGCAGGGCAGCCAGGGGAGGGCGAAGUUUCACUCUGCAUUGCAGCCCGAGCGCUGGCUGCCGCCGGAACACAACAAUGGCGACUCCCAGUCCGAACGGCAACUCCACGGGCUCCGGCAAUAUUCUGGGGGCCACGUCGCAUCACCUUCACCAACAGACACAGAGCAGCAGCAUGCAAGAAACCAACACCUGCUGGAGAUGUCAAAGUGAAACAGGGUUUCAGAUAAGCCUGUCCGGAGUGCCCCAAAGCAAACGUAAAGCCCUAAAGUUAAAUUUCGCCAACCCUCCGGUGAAGCCGACCUCCAGGCUCCCGCUUCAUCCCACGGCUCCAUCGUUCCAGAAUCCUCACAUAGAGCGCCUGCGGACACACAGCAUCGAGUCGUCCGGGAAGCUGAAGAUCUCCCCGGAGCAGCACUGCGACUUCACCGCGGAGGACCUGAGGGACCUCGGGGAGAUCGGCCGCGGCGCCUACGGCUCCGUCAACAAGAUGGUCCACAAACCGACGGGCCAGAUCAUGGCAGUCAAGAGGAUUCGCUCCACUGUGGACGAGAAGGAGCAGAAGCAGCUGYUGAUGGACCUGGAYGUGGUGAUGAGGAGUAGCGACUGUGCCUACAUCGUCCARUUCUACGGCGCCCUCUUCAGAGAGGGGGACUGUUGGAUUUGCAUGGAGCUUAUGUCUACCUCAUUAGACAAAUUCUACAAAUAUGUAUAUUGCGUAUUAGAUGAUGUCAUUCCAGAGGAAAUAUUAGGCAGAAUAACAUUAGCUACCGUUAAAGCACUGAAUCACUUAAAAGAAAACUUGAAAAUAAUUCACAGAGACAUCAAACCUUCCAACAUUCUCAUGGACAGAAGGGGAAACAUCAAACUGUGUGACUUCGGCAUCAGCGGCCAGCUGGUGGAUUCCAUAGCCAAGACUAGAGAUGCAGGUUGCAGGCCUUACAUGGCACCUGAAAGGAUAGACCCCAGUGCUUCCAGGCAGGGCUACGACGUCCGCUCCGACGUUUGGAGCUUGGGAAUCACCUUGUAUGAGUUGGCCACAGGGAGAUUCCCGUACCCCAAGUGGAAUAGUGUUUUUGAUCAGCUGACGCAAGUGGUGAAAGGGGAGCCUCCACAGCUCAGCAACUCAGAGGAGAGGCAGUUCUCCCCGAAGUUCACCAACUUCGUUAACCUAUGCCUUACUAAAGACGAGUCAAAGAGGCCAAAGUACCGGGAGCUUCUGAAACACCCGUUUAUUCUGAUGUACGAGGAGCGCUUCGUGGACGUGGCCAGCUACGUGUGUCGCAUCCUGGAUCAGAUCCCUGCCUCGCCCGUCUCCCCUAUGUACGUCGACUGAUGCCAAGAAGAGCGUUCCCAUCGGCGGAGGACGGAGGGGUCCCUUAACGUCCAGCGGGGUGGUACACUAAGCUUUGUGAUGCGACGCUUGUCAACUUAACCUUCAGUUAUGUAGGGUCACAUGUUUGUUCACACGUUCCAAAGAACAAAGGAAUUAAAUCCAAACUUUCCAGUGCAAUGAGAUGAAAAUUCCCCCCCAAAAGAAGAAACAUUUCCCAGUCAUUUUAAGAUCCCUAAAUAAUCUCUUCCAUGUUAAAGCAGAGAAACUUGAAGCAGCAACUUUGUCUUAGUAAAGCGCAAUGCAUCGUUUUAUGUGACACAAAGAAUAGAGUAUACAUACAUGGAAUAUAUACUUGUUCACAAAAAUCUACCAAAUGAAAUUGUGUGUAGCUUAUGAUGUAUGAACAAAACAGCAACCUAACGGAUUGUACGUUGUAUGCAUAUUUGUCUUUGCCUAAAAUGACGACUUGUAUGGAUUAUUGCUGACAGACCUACUGUCUAAAAAUCACACCCGUUUUGCUGUGAGCACCUUCACACACAGUCAAUGAAUGGGUAUGCAAAUGUUUCUUUUCUGGAAGCUUAUGGUAGCGUGGCUUUACUUUUUUUUUUUUUUUUUUUUUUUCAAUAUGCAAUCUGUGACAGCUUGUCUUAAAUGUUUUAUCUUCUUACACCUACUGCAGUGCUGGGCUCUGUGUGAGCUUUGACCUUUUUGUUUAAGUCACUUAACUAGGUAUGUGCUAUUCCAGAAGAACAUUUUCAGUUAGCUACUGAUGCUAACCUCUCAAAACAAAGUGCACACAGUCGGGUAAGCUGAAUUACUUUGUGAGAGGCAGAAAAGAAACGGCAUUGUUGUACAAGAAACUUUACCAAAAAGAGAAGGAGUUUAUUAUAAAAGACUUUUGUGAAAGAUAAACUCAGCUAUUGUUGAAAUGAGGAGCUUUCUGCUGUGUUAAUUCUUUYRUACAUGUUGCUAAAUCCUAUUUCUACAUAAACUUUUCGUAAAGGCAAGUGCCUAACGGUUGAUACAUGAUUUAAAGUUUAGGUUUGUUACAUGUAAAGCUGUUAAUCUCUGGAUCUUUGAUUAAUAUUUUUAUUAUAUAGGUGACCUGCAAUUGUUACUUUUUAUCCAAAGAAACUUGCAAAGCAUUGAAAACCAAACAUUUAACCAAAAAAAACAACAAAAAAAAACAAAGGCCUGUUUUCUCUGAGAACAGGUGCUACUUGUACAUUGACAUGGAAUAUAUACAUUAAUUUAAAACUACCAAAAGUUGUUAGCUUACCAGUGUUAUAUAAAUUCCUUUUUAAACAGAUUUACUUUUGACUGGCUAUCAAAAAUACCAUAAGUUACAGUUUAAGACAUACUUGCGUCAUAGAGUACCAGACAAAGAAGGAAUUAUGUUUACUUUUUUUAUAUAAAUGUAGUUCAAAGGAAAAUAAUCCAUACUAAUAGUGCUUUUGUUUAUUUUGUCACAGCUAGCUAAAAUGCGGCCUAACUAGCUGUAGCAAACAACUAGCUAAAAAGCGACCCAACUACCUGUAGCAAACGGCUAGCUAACAAGAGGUCUAACUAGCUGUAGCAAACGGCUAGCUAACCCAGAUGCAAGUUCUAGCUAACAGAAAUUUUAGCUAACUGUUAGCUAGCUAAAGCUGUCACACCUAACAGUUAAAUACAUUAUAAACUGAUAUGUUUUGCUAAUCUAGCAAAAAUCAUAGUUUCCUCCUUAGACCACAAACUCUGUUCUAUACAUAUUAGUGCAUUUUUUGGAAAUAAAUAAGGUUCUACUUGAGAGACAUGCUCAUCUUCAUGAACAUAACCACCAGCUGAUUUCUGAAACAGGAAGACUCUUAGUUCUGUGACUAAAACAAUAAGGCAACACACACAGAGAAUCAAACCUGAAGUUAAUCCAAUGCUACAUUGCCUGAUGUAAAGUUACAUUCGGAUGUUGUUUUCACUGAUGUAAAUAGAUAUGUAUAUAGCCACAAAAAACAACUGUUCUUGGCAGGUUCUGCUCAGAUCUUCUAAGGUUCGUUCCUAAAACAUGGUCAUCAUGUCAGACAGGAGAGGAGAUGUGGCUUCGUACUGAGAAAUGUUACCAUAUAGACUUUUUUUUUUUCCCCUCGUCUCCUCAACAGCCUGUCUUAGCACUGUACAGUCAAACUCACCCCUCGUGACCACAGAUCCUCCAUGCUGCCACAAACAGGCAUGCAGUAGUAACUACAGCUCUACAUGUUCUGACAGCUUCUUUCUGUCAAAUUAAAGGAAUAGACGGAACAACGGUAAAAUGCUGCUAAUCACAUGCUACCAACUUCCAUACCACAACUGUUGAGAGGAGGAAAGACUCUCCUCGCUUCGUCUCCCGCCCUUUGACCCCUCAGGUCACCCUGGAGCCUGCAUGUCCUCCGGUGACUCGGCAUGCGUCGGGGCUGAAGCCCAUCGUGCCAUUUCCUCGCCUAUCGAUUUGUUUGGCCCAAACGUGUCGUAGCUUCCUAGGACCGGUCCGACUACGAAGACCCGAGAAGAACAGUCAGACUUCAAUGAGGUAGAUUCUUAACAAAACACUUCACGCAACACUGUAGAGAUCCAUCAUCCAAUGAAAUUUAAAUGUGUAGGAAAAUAUAUAAUAAAUAAUAGUAAAAUUCUCAUUGUGUCAAAUCUAGAGUGAAAUUCGCUGGUUUUAUUGCCAAAUCGGGUAGUGAUUUGGUGAUAUUGUAAAAUAUUGUAAUACUGCAGUUUCCUAAAAGCUGCCAUUGUGGCUCAAAUCCAAAAGGAAAUUGUAUUCUUCAUGAGGUUAAUUUAUUGUUUUGGGAGUUUGUCUGAGUCGCAUCUGUUUUUUUUUUUCAGUGUCGUUGAGGCAAAAGAAAUGUUUCAAAUACUUUAAUGGUGCUUUUAAUAGUAAGAAUGUAGUGGAUAAAACCAUACCAGCACCYUGUAUGACAUUAGAAAUGGCCAUGCUCAGUUAAAUGGUUGUACAAUUCAACUACAACAGUUUACAAGAUUAGUUAAAUAGCAUCAGUCUGUUGGAGUAUCACUGGUAUUGUUACAUUUGGGAUAGUCAAAGAAAAUGCAUACGUUUGGUUCAUUAUGGGUUUCUACAGCCGUUAGCUGUGCCAUACCUCCCAUUGUGCGGGUGUACGUCAGGUCAUUUUGUUAGGAACAGUGAACGGUCUUUUUUUUUUUUUUUUUUACCUGUCCGGGAAAGCAAAACAUUACAACCACCAGAUUAAACUCUGUCAUAAGGAGUUCUUGUCAGGCCUGUACUUUUCGUCUCCUUCCUGAAUGGCAGUAGAUGGCGCUGUUUUCCCUGCAGAUCUGCGGGGUUCAUCGCGGGAUGAUGCGUUUCCAGGAAGCACGCUUGCCACUGGGRAAUAUGAGCCUCCAGGGUACAUGUUGUACAAAUUGCAAUUUACCAGAAUGUUCAUAUUAGAAUAUAWGAUGAUAUUAAGGGCAAUGAAUAUUAUAAUGUAUGUUUAUUGAGGGUUACAAUAAAAGUUCCCCAUGAAAAAGA